AUGGCAGACCCAAAGAACACCGCCAACUCGCGCUUGACGCAGAUCACCGACUUCUUGACCAUGAACAAAACUGCCACGACUAUACCGUGGGAUCCGAAUUCCACCAAGUUCCCUACCAGAAGUGAGCUUCCUGACAUCCCGGGGGCACCCAAAGAAGCUGCUUGGGUAUGGGGCAACGAUGACUAUAUCGGCCGUCUGAACCUCCUCACACCCACACGCGUAGCUGCUGCUGCCAAAGAGAUCAGAUCUGGUGAGAUCGUACCUGUCAAUCUUCCCUUGAAUGUUCCCGGGCAGCCAGCAUUUGGCCGCGAAACAUUCAAGCACGAGAUCAAGACCCUCCUGGAAGGCAUCGCAUAUGACGACCUCUACCACUUAAAUACGCAAUCCGGAACUCAAUGGGAUGGCUUCCGCCACUUUGCCCACAUCCCCACUGGAUCGUUCUACAACGGGACCAAAGGCUCUGAUAUUGCCGGGCCGUCCGCGAACCACAAGUGUUCCAUUCACCACUGGGCCGAGCACGGUGUAGCAGGCCGCGGAAUCCUGCUUGAUUACCGAGGCUAUGCGCACAAAAAAGGCAUCAACUACGAUCCUUAUGAUUACUACCCCAUCUCAUGGGAGGAACUGUAUCAGUGCGGAAAAGAUCAAGGUAUCGAUAUCCGUCCAGCAGCCCAGGGUGGUGAUAUCAAGAUUGGAGACAUGUUGUUCAUUCGAUCAGGUUGGAAGGAAGCGUACGACAGCAAGUCUGAUGAUGACAGAACAAAAGCCGCGAAGCGCCACGGUCCCAAUGGCGAGGACGGCGCACGGUAUGCUGGUGUGAGUCAGGAACAGAAGAUUUUAGAUUGGUUGCAUGAUUGCUACUUCGCAACAGUCGGUGGUGAUGCACCAGCAUUUGAAGCAUGGCCGACGCACGAAGAUUAUCACUUACAUGAAUACAUCCUGGCACUCUGGGGAAUGCCGUUGGGAGAAAUGCUUGAUUUGGAGAAACUGGCACAGACUUGCAGAGAAAAGAACAGGUGGACCUUCUUCUUCACGAGUGCGCCAGCAAACUGCCCAGGAGGUGUCAGUUCGCAUGUCAACGGGACUGCGAUCUUCUAG